AUGGCCACGUCCACCAUAUCCAUAUUCUCCAGUGACCUGAGCUAUGGCAGCCGCGUCUGCCUUCCUGGUCCCUGUGACUCUUGCUCUGACUCCUGGCAGGUGGACAACUGCCCAGAGAGCUGCUGUGAGCCCCCCUGCUGUACCCCCAGCUGCUGUGCUCUGGCUUCCUGCCUGACCCUGGUCUGCACCCCAGUGAGCUGUGUGUCCAGCCCCUGCUGCCAGGCAGCCUGUGAGCCCAGCCCCUGCCAAUCAGGCUGCACCAGUUCCCGCACGUCCUCGUGCUGCUAGCAGUCUAGCUGCCAGCCGGCUUGCUGCACCUCCUCCCCCUGCCAGUAGGCCUGCUGCGUGCCCAUCUGCUGCAAGCUUGUCUGCUGCAAGCCCAUCUGCUGUGUGCCUGUGUGCUCUGGGGCUUCCUCUCUGUGCUGCCAGCAGUCUAGCUGCCAGCCAGCUUGCUGCACCUCCUCCUGCUGCAGACCCUCCUCCUCAAUGUCCCUCCUCUGCCGCCCUGUGUGCAGACCCACCUGCUGCGUGCCCGUCCCCUCCUGCUGUGUGCCCACCUUCUCCUGCCAGCUCAGCCACUGCUGCCUGGCCUCAUGCAUGUCCCGCCUCUGCCGCCCUGUGUGCUCCGUGGCCUGCUGAGGCCUCUGCUCAGGCCAGAAGCCCAGCUACUGA